AUGGGCUCAAAUAUGCGGGACGAAUUCAUUGAUGAUGCCGAGAAGGAGGUGUUGGAGUUAGAAGCACGCCUUGCCGCUGCGAGGGGGAAGUUGAAGGGUCUUCGGGCACAAACCGAGUCUCACGGCUCACUGCCGUCCAGAAGCCUCCCGAAACCUUCAUAUGAAGCCUCACUGACAUCCUCCAAUCAUUAUCUUCUUCUUUUAUCAGAUUCGGCUUUGCCAUUGGGCUCAUUUGCCUUUAGCAGCGGUCUUGAGUCUUAUCUGGCACACACAAGAGGCCGCUCAUCUUUCAACGUUUUCCUCCCUGAAUCGAUAUCCGCCUACGCCUCGACCACACUACCCUUCGUAUUAGCAGCGCAUCGCGAUCCAGCAGCCGUCGCAGAGCUAGACGACUUUCUGGAUGCGGCAAUCAUCUGCACCGUUGGUCGGCGUGCCUCAAUAGCGCAAGGUCGCGCGCUGCUAUCUAUCUGGGAGCGCUCAUUCGUCUCGUCUCUACCUCGAGAUGUCGUCGAGCCGCUACAGCCGUAUGCGGCGCUGCUUAAGUCCACAUCGUCCCGGACAACAUCCACCAUGGACGAGUACGCUGACCCGCCGUUGGUGUUUGCCCAUCUCGCCCCCCUCUUCGGGGCCAUAUGCAAACUAGUGGGGCUCACCCUCCACCAGACGGCAUACAUCUUCAUGAUGGGUCAUGUCAAGGCUCUGAUCUCUGCUGCUGUGAGGGCGAGCAUGUUUGGGCCGUAUCAGGCGCAGAAGGUUCUUGCCAGUAGUCAGGUUCAGCGCACCAUCACAGCGGCCAUCGACAGGGAAUGGGAGACACCUAUAGAAAGGGCCGGACAGACGAUGCCCGUCAUGGACUUGUGGAUAGGUAGACAUGAAGUUCUGUAUUCACGAAUAUUCAACAGUUGA